AUGUCCUUCUUCAAAAUAACCCUCCACCGCUCCUUCAUCGGCAUGCCCAAGCGCACCCGCGGCGUGCUUGCCGCCCUCGGCCUGCACCGCCGCGGCCAACUCGUCUUCCAGCCCGUGUCCGCCGACAUCGCGGGUAUGAUCAUGAAGGUGAAGGAGCUGGUCAAGGUCGAGGAGGUCGACCGGGCAUUGACAAAACAAGAGGUGUAUGCGCAGAGGGCGCCGGAGCCGGGGUUUUGGAUUGAGAGUUUUGGGGCUUCGAGGCGGGCGGCGGAUGGGUUGGAGGUGGGGAAGGGGGAGGAGGGGGAGGUGAGGUUAUGA